GGCUUGACACAUUAAUAAAACACAUACAUAUCAUCAUUGAUGGUCAGUCAUACAGUAGGCUAGUUGAUGAAAAGCGCGAAGGAUUACCGAGCUAAUUUAACCCGAUUCAUUUGGAUCCAAUUAAGCUUCAACGGCGAGGGAAGAAAAGACCCCGUGCUGGACGCCAUUGUGAAUAACAUAUAUGCUAGAGAUUAUAGACUUUAGACAAAUCAAAGAAAAUAAAAGACAUCAACUUAUACAUGCUCGAAUGAUAACAACUAUCCUAAUAUAACGAGAUUCAGCUAUUAUAGAAAACGGAGACAAUACAAACACAGAAGAGAGUGCAGAAAGAAAAGCGAGUAAACCAACAGAACAUUAUCGCAGCUUUUUUGAAGUAUAAGUACUGCGUUUGGUUACACAUGCGAUUAGUUUGUAAACAAACAUAUUCAGAUUGACGAAGUUUUCACAAAGAUAAAGUCAAGAAUUAAAAUUAUCCGAAGUGUUUCUGAUAUAUAUAUAUUUUAUGUAUAAACAUAUAUUUGAGACACACAUCAGACAAAAAUAAUAACAGACGAAGCUAUUAUUUAUUGAUUUUAUAACACCAAAAAGGCCACAACACGUAAAGAAACUUUUAAAGUCGGAAAUGGAGCGGUUAUUUUAUACUCGACUGAUAAUUAUAUCUUUUUUACUUGUGGGUUUAACUUUGUCGUAUCGUGGAGACAGACGUUUCAAGAAAAGAAAAUGCGAGAAGAUCACAAUUCCGCUAUGCAAGGACAUUGGUUAUAAUUUAACAUACAUGCCGAAUCAGUUCAGCCAUAAGACACAGUUCGACGCUGGGCUUAUCAUCCAUCAAUUCUGGCCGUUAGUAUUAAUAAAUUGCUCUUCGCGGCUUAAACAUUUCGUGUGCUCGUUAUACGCACCAAUGUGUGAUCCGAUAUUUCACAAGGAGAUUGUACCCUGUCGUUCGUUUUGCGAAGAAGUGAAAGACUCGUGUGAACCUAUCAUGAAACAAAAUGGUUUUAAAUGGCCGGAUCAUUUGAAAUGUGGUAAUUUCCCAACACGACAGGAGAAUAACAUAUGCAUGAAACCAAGUCCUGAGAAGAAAUCACCAAGCGAAAAACCUACGAUAUCUUCAGCUACGAAAGGGAAAAUUCCGAAAGUCAAAAUAAUAACUCCUGAAAAACCGUCUCACAAAAAACCUCCACGCAACACACAAUCAAAGCCAAAACCUACAUCAAGAUUAAUUCGAACCAUUAUAAGAAAAAAACAGUGGAAUGGAGGUUGCGGAUGUCUCUGCCAACCUCCUUUCGUGUAUCCAAACAAAAGCCAGAGGGCUGGUGAGGAGACACCACCAUGUGCGUUGCCCUGUAAGAAAUACUUCUUCAGUGAAAAUGAAAAUAAUUUCAUGACUUUUUGGAUUGGAUUGUGGUCGAUCAUUGCAUUUAUCGCGACGUUAAUAACAAUUCUUACAUUUUUGGUGGAUCGAGCCCGAUUCGAUUACGUGGAACGUCCUAUUAUACUGAUCGCGUUUUGUUACGUUCUUGUAUCGUUUGGUUACAUCGUUCGAUUAAUCUACGGACACGAAGCUAUAGCGUGUAAUAGCAAGACCAACUUAAUACGUUAUUCCGCCACUGGACCAGCACAAUGUACAGCAGUCUUUAUUUUAACGUACUUUUUUACAAAUGUCGCAUGGAUUUGGUGGGUGGUACUGUCAAUGAAUUGGUUUCUCUCAACCGGCCUUAGAUGGUCUCACGACGCCAUUUCAUCGUAUUCGCAGUAUUUUCAUUUCAUAGCCUGGCUUAUUCCGACCGUUCAAACAAUGGCCAUCCUAGCGAUGGCAGCUAUCGACGGAGACCCGGUCAGUGGAUUAUGUUCUGUUGGAAACCAUGACAACAAUACAUUGACAAUAUUUGUUAUUGCACCACUAUUGAUAUAUUCCAUGUUAGCCUUUUCGUUUUUCGUGGCUGGAAUACUAGCAAUUUUUCAAUUGGAUAAAAAAACGAUAGUAAACACGCAACAAAGCGUGGAUAUUAAACAGAACAGAUACAUGUCUAAAAUUGGCGUGUUCACAUUCGUUUUGUUGAUUCCGGCAAUUACGCUAAUAGGUUGUCAUUUUUACGAACACAACAACAGAGAAGCAUGGGAAAAGUCAAAGAACUGCCCGUGUAUGGGAAACAAAAAGACACCGCAAUUUUAUAUGUUUUUGUUGAAAUACUUUAUGUCUCUAAUGAUUGGACUUGUAACUGGUUUCUGGGUACUGGAAAGUCGUACCAUGAGUGCGUGGAAGAAAUUAUUAAAAAGGUGUUCUGCGAGUCAAAGAUGUCAGCAUGAGAACAAUAAUUUACUGACUCAUCAUAAAUACCCUCAUCAGCCAGUAUCCUUGUAAAUUUUAAAAUAUUUGGCUGUUCCUCUUUCAUCUUGUAUUUAUGCUCAGUGUUUUGCUAAUUAAGAGUAUGGGUACGAGGUGGUAUUUAUAUACAUAUAUAUUUUACAAUAUUUUUGGGUAUCUUAUUAUUUAUUAAUUUUUUUAGUUUGUAAAAGUAUAUUUUGUUCCUGUGAAAAAUUAUAAAGUUCCUCCACUGUUUCACAUUUAAGUAUUAAUUAUCUGCUUGAUAAAAAAACUUAAAACAACUUUUUUUGAAAAGCAACUUUAUUGCAUUCAGGAUGCCAACCAACUGAGACGCUAAUUGAACGGGAUUUCCGGAGGCGAUCAGGAUUUACUACUACUUUGACGUUUUCGUUGACGAACAAAUAAACGAAAGGAAAUAAAAAUCCGAUAUAAGAAUUAAAAUUUUUAUAAUAAUAGAGGAAGGAUUACCGAAGGAAACAUAUUUUUAUUCUCCAAAUCGUUAUUUUAUCUUUUAAAAAGUUAUUUUUUCUGUUUUUAUAUAAAAAUAAUUUUACAUGAACAAAUGACCGGGACAGUUUUUAAAAUUGCUGUUUAAAACUCCCCUUGUUCUUGAGAAGAAAAAAUAACACAACAAUAAUAAUAAGUAAAGAUGGCAGCUGCAUAGCGUGGCAGCAUCAUGCUGAGAAAAUCAUAUGUGAAUUUGUUCAAGCCAUAUGGUAACUCCGGAAUAUAUUCACUCCUUUUGAUGGUUUACUUGAAUAACGUGUAAGAUAUAGCAACGUCUGAGAAUAACACGUUGGCACCUGUCUCAGUUGGAGGGAAAAGAUUUUUUUGUUUGUUUUUUUAUUUAUUUCACUGUAGAAAAAAAUAUUCGUAAUUUUAUAAUUCUUAAUAAAUAAAAUCUAUUUUGUUUUGAUCACUAUAUAUAUACGAUUUUGUCUACAGUAAAUAAAAAAGCUUACAAGAAAAGUCUGCAAAGUAAAAUUUACCUCGAUUACCUAACAAUUUUUCUCGCUUAUUCAGUUGUUUUCUUAUAUUUAAUUGUCUAUCUUCACGUAUUUUUUGAAAAAGAAAUCAGAGUUUGAUUUAAUCUUAUAACUCAAUAUUUCUCUCUUAAAAAUUAUCCCGCUGUCUAGCCAUGCUUCGAGCCAUGUCACCAAAACCCUCUCUUUUGUUGUCCUAAUUUAAAAAACAAUAUUAAAGUUGCUUGUACUUUUUUCUUCUCGAUAACAACAUAGAAAAAAUUGUAUAGAGGAAAUUGUAAAUAUUACGAAUAUUUAAAAUACAUGACCUUUUCCUACAAA